GAGAGGACCAGUUAGUCUGUCAGACUGGUCCGCGGACGCGCAUCGUCCCGACACCAAGACCUCGUAAAACUUUUGUGGUCGGUUAAAAAAUAUCGUAAGCUGAAGUGUGUGUUUUGUGACAAGAUGUGGUGGCAGUUAACUGUUACGUUGGUUAUAGGGCUCUCUUGUGCAGUUUGGUCGCAAGAUGAAAAUGCUGAACCUUCACUCGAUAUAAUGGCCAGAUCUACACCCUACGAAGUUGGAGAAACUAAGGCGAUAUUUUGCAAAUUGAUAAAUUUAGAGGAUGGAGACUGGCUCAAUCCAGCAGGAGAUGUAGUCGGCACACGUAGCGCUAAAAACAAGAGAAUUUUCGUGGAGAAGAAAAAAGAGGUGUCAGGUUUACUGAUGCCCCUCAUCAUCAAUAAGAUGGAGAUCACUGACAGCGGGAACUGGACGUGUAGGUCAGGGGACCUUGCGGAGACCAUCUACAUCUUAGUUGGAAGAAAGGUUGUAAUGAAGGCAAGGGAAACUCAGUACGGCAACGAAGGCAAAACCGCGAGAUUCGACUGUGAGCCGGACGGCUUCCCAGAGCCGGUCGUUCAGUGGUACAAACCUGACCGACAACCUAUUGAAGAGCACGACAAAAAGUAUGUCGUCCACACGAAAGGUCGCAACCGCCAACUUGAGAUAAAGAAUGUUAACCAUAUGGACACUGGCGAGUACGUCUGUAAGGUUACCCAGAAAACUCUCUCCCACUACACCGACAAGACUGUCACUUUCAUUGUUAACCACUCGCCAGUGAUAGUCAACCCGGAAACACAAGAAGAAAACACUGCGUCCACUGAAGAAGUAUUCACGUUAUUAGACAGAGUAAAAAACCUGACAUGUAAUGCAGUUGCGUACCCACUGCCAGAUUUCAAAUGGACCAAACAUAAGAAUGGUUAUGACUAUGAAGAGAUCAAAGAUGAUACAGUAGCGUAUUCCGAGGGCGGCCUGACCUCAGUGCUUCAACUUAGAGUCUUCAACGAAUCAUACCUUGGCCAGUACAAGUGUACAGCGAGUAACACUCAUGGACACAAGUUCAUAAUAUUUGACGUCCGGCUGGGGAACAAACCUAAUCCACCAGAUGUGUUCGCCGUGGUGGAGAGCAAUUCAUCGUCGAUCUCAUUCAACGUGACAUGCUCGUCAUGUCUGCUCGGCCGCCUCGAUCAGGGCUACUCCGACCCGCAGAACCUCGCGGUCACUGGCUAUAAAAUUCAACUUACGAUGAAACCCACGGAAGCUAAGCCGGAUGAUUGGGAUGCAGCUCUCACAUUCUCCUUCGAUAUAGAAGAUGUUGAAGAUACCAUAUUUACGCCAACGAACCUGACUUCGAGCAGUGUAUUCCACGCCCGAGCUUGCUCCGUGAACCAGGCAGGCGAGUCCGAAUGGUUCUACCUCGAAGGCGACGCCGUGACUAGUCUGGGAAUCACCCAAACUCCCGCCUCAAUCCAACAUCUCUACGUCAUUGCCGCUUUCCUUUUUAGUUUAUAUUAUUAAUACGAAAGCUCAAUGUAUUCAUCAUAACAUUCCAAUAUUUAUAUCACUUUACUCAGAAUAAGCGAUAUAAAUUUGUUGUUACCAUCUGUCUUUGAUGGCUUGAGAGGUAUUUUGUUGGGUGAAUUUGUUAUUGUCUUGGGGUUUAUUUUUAGUUUAUAAUGUGUGUAUAUAAAUUGUCUUGAAUUGUUUAUGUAUUUAUAAAAAUUGGUUUUGCCUUGUUCUUGCAAAUGAUGACGGCACGAUUUUGCCGACUUGAUUGUGGCAAGGUCGUUGUGAAUAUAUAACAUUUAUUUAUAUUUAACAAAUUUUUUUGAGAUAUAUAGAGGAAUUCAUGCUCGGCAUACAAUACAUUUCUUUUCCAAUUCUUUGAGAAUUGUUAUUCUUAUACUUACAGAUAAUUUCAGCAAACUGUUGCAGGAGAACAAGAUAUAUAAGACGGACUAAUAUUUUCAAUUACUAUUUUCAUAUCAGUUGUAUUUAUUUCUAUUAUUUCAUUAUUAUUAAUAACUAUCUGCGCCAAGCCGUCAUCAAAGCAAAGUUGUAAAUACCUACUAUGUUUAGAUGCACCCAAAUGCCUUUUCAUAUCUUAACAAUUCAUUGACAUGUAAAAUUGUUAUUCCCAUGAAAAAUCACACUCGUGUUUAGAUAGAUAAAUUGAAAAUAAUUGUCUGUUAUUCAAUUUAGUUAUAUCCCUUUUCUUGGCAGUGUGCAAUUGCAUAUUCCAAUAAUAUUGCUAUGCUAACCAUUAUUAUAUAUACAUAAGAAAUAUAAUAUCCUGAGAAAUAAGAAAGAAGUAUCUGCCAAGAAAAGAGUCUGAACAUUUUAAUAUCCUGAUGUACCAGAAGCCGUAAUGUUAUGAGUAGGUGUUGUUCAAUUGUAUGUGAUAGUAUAGAUAAGAGGAAAGAUCAGAAACUAAGGGCUAACUUGUGUAAGUCUGAAUACUUAAUGUAAUUUAUGAAAAAGAUAAUCAAUUACACUAAUAUCAAACAUCAUUUCAAUUAAAUUAACUAUAUAUAGAUACAGCUUGUCACAUGCUUUAAGAUUAACUUUUUUCUUGUAUUUCAAACGCAAUUUACCUAUUUGUUCAUUGGUUGUAUGUAGUCGCUGAUGUCGAAAUACAAAAACGAGUGAAGACUAACUAAACAUUGGACAAUAUUCAGUUUUCAUUUGUUUCUGUAUUUGAAGAAGAUGACAAACAGGAGAACACACAUACACAGAGUACAGACAUGGGGACUCCUGUAUGGUGUAGAAUGUAGAUAGAUAUAUACUUACUGACAGUUUAAGUAGUUCCACCUUGAAAAAAUAUCAGAAACUACGUUAAAUUCCAUAUCUUGAAAAUAUUGUAAAGAAGAAUACACAAUGUAAAAAAAAAACUAAAGAGAGUUUUGAAUAUAUUUUGCGUCCAUUUUUUAUCUACGCACGUGCAUACACUCAGAAAUAUUUCAACCCGUAAAAAUAUUUAUAAGUGCUUGUUGUUAGUUAAAUUUAAAUUGUAUUAUGGGUAAUUUCGAAGAUACCGAUCUCGAAACAUAACAUUAACAUAGCAUAAACAUUUUGGUAAAUUAAGUUUGAUUAAAUAAAUUAAUAAAGUGAGACUAAAUAUCAAGAAAAACUUCCUAAGAAUUUGCUGAAAAAUUUGAUAGGGCUUAUGCAAGCCAUUUAAUUGAAAGUUUUAUUGCCUUAUUAAUAAAAAAUAUAUUCUUUCAAUAACUUUAUUUGCUACAAUAGCAUAGGUAUCUACAUGUAUGUAACAAGUCAAUAAAAUAAAAAUCAAUAUAGUUUUUAAGCACUUUUCUAUAUAUAUGACAUGAUAACUCAAAAACUACCAAACAGAUUUUUAUGUAAUUUUCAACGAUGGAUAGUGAUAAUAUUAGAAAAGUUUCACGUGAACAGGCAGCGAGCAAAAGCAUAUAUAAAUUAAAACUAUGACAAUAUUUGUGCAGGUGACAUUAUACAAGAAAUUUAUUUGUAACUUCUCAUCUAAUAUUAAGAUUUACAUUUAUUUUCUAAAAUUUAAAAUAUAAUUUUAGGCAUUAGAUUUUAGCAACGGUAGUCAAUGAGUUGUAAUCGUCAAUUUUCUUUACAAUUAUUUACCACAAUACAUGGCAGUCUUUACACUAAUCAGUAAGACUGAUUUUUUUACUUAGAUAACGUUUAGUUAUGCUGUAAUGUUUGUGAGCGUGUUAGCUUUAGAAGCUUGCAUUAUAAUAAAUAUUAUUAUGUACUGUACAGUCAGUACCUACCUAUAUAUUAGAAAUCUGCCUUGAAUUUUAAAGAAUCUUGACUAUAUUCGUGGAUGUUAUUUUUGUUGGGGCACGUCUAAAACGACUCAUUAUAUAUUUGUGUUAUUAAACAUUUUAACACUCAAGGCAAAAUUUGAUCUUCAUAUUUUUAGGCACUGACUAGACAUACAUCUAUGUGCUAAUGUAAAAUAACGAAUGGGGCGCUUGUAUGUAUAUGUAUGAAUAAUAUAUAUCCCAGUUUUGGUAGAUAGUUGUUUUAUGUUAAAAUUUAGGCAAACACCGUUUAAAUCUGGCACAAAGUGUUUAAAGUCGGAGUUGUCAAAAUCGUAAAAUAUUUCAUAUUCUGAAUAUACUGGUUGUUGCGUACCUAUGUUACUCACACUGAUGUUUUAUGGGUCUAAUAAAAUAUUUAUAAAAUUGG